GCCGCUGAGGGGCGGCGGGGCAGGGACCCUCGGCCGGCAUGGCGGCGGCGGCGGCAGCGCGGGGGGCCUGGGGCGGGCGGCGGCGCGUGGCGCUGGGGCUGCCGCGGAGGGCCGGGGUGCCGUGGAUCGCCUCAGCCGCCGCCUCCUCGUCCUCCUCUGUGCCAACAACCAAACUGUUCAUCGAUGGGAAGUUUGUUGAAUCCAAAACUACAGAAUGGAUCGAUAUCCACAACCCAGCUACCAACGAAGUGGUUGCUCGCGUACCGAAAGCUACACCCAGUGAGAUGGAGGCAGCUGUGGCUUCUUGCAAAAAGGCUUUCUGGAACUGGUCAGAAACAUCUGUCUUGAGUCGCCAGCAAAUCUUCCUGCGUUAUCAACAGCUCAUCAAAGACAAUCUGAAAGAAAUUUCAAAACUCAUCACCUUCGAGCAAGGGAAGACCCUGGCUGAUGCUGAGGGAGAUGUGUUCCGAGGCCUCCAGGUGGUGGAACAUGCUUGCAGCGUGACAUCCCUCAUACUGGGAGAGACAAUGCCCUCCAUCACUAAAGACAUGGACACUUACACCUACCGUCUGCCUCUGGGUGUGUGCGCUGGCAUUGCGCCGUUCAACUUCCCAGCCAUGAUUCCUCUGUGGAUGUUCCCCAUGGCUAUGGUUUGCGGGAACACGUUCCUGAUGAAACCAUCGGAGCGUGUACCAGGAGCACUCAUGUUCCUUGCCAAGCUGUUUCAGGAUGCUGGUGCCCCGGAUGGGACCCUGAAUAUCAUCCAUGGACAGCAUGAAGCUGUGAAUUUCAUUUGUGACCAUCCGGAUAUCAGAGCAAUCAGCUUUGUGGGAUCUAAUCAGGCCGGCGAGUACAUCUAUGAGAGAGGAUCCCGGAAUGGCAAGAGAGUCCAGGCUAACAUGGGGGCAAAGAACCAUGGCGUGGUGAUGCCUGAUGCCAACAAGGAGAACACCUUGAACCAGCUGGUUGGAGCUGCUUUUGGAGCAGCCGGCCAACGCUGCAUGGCCCUGUCUACAGCAAUUCUAGUGGGAGAAGCACAGAAAUGGCUGCCAGAGCUGGUGGAAAGAGCCAAAAAUCUACGCGUAAAUGCAGGAGACCAGCCUGGAGCAGAUCUAGGGCCUCUAAUCAGUCCCCAAGCUAAGGAACGUGUUUGCCAUCUGAUUGAGAAAGGAGUAAAAGAAGGUGCAAGUCUUCUUCUGGAUGGCCGUAAUAUCAAAGUGAAGGGCUAUGAAAAUGGCAAUUUUGUUGGACCAACAAUCCUUGCCAAUGUCAAGCCAAACAUGACUUGCUACAAGGAGGAAAUCUUUGGGCCUGUCCUGGUGGUUCUGGAAGCAGACACUUUGGAUGAUGCAAUUAAGAUGGUGAACAAUAACCCCUAUGGAAAUGGAACCGCAAUCUUCACCACCAAUGGAGCCACAGCUCGGAAAUAUUCUCACUUAGUAGAUGUGGGGCAGGUGGGAGUCAAUGUUCCAAUCCCAGUACCUCUGCCCAUGUUCUCUUUCACCGGUUCUCGUGCUUCUUUCAGAGGAGACACUAAUUUCUAUGGCAAACAGGGAGUGCAGUUCUACACACAGCUGAAAACAAUCAUUUCUCAAUGGAAAGAGGAAGAUGCCACUGUUACCAAGCCUGCUGUGGUUAUGCCAACUAUGGGGAACUAAAUCAGCCUUCACAGAUGCUGACCUUGGUUCCCUUCUCCUUCCAUGUUGCACUUUCCAGCUUUGUCCUGACUGUCAUCAUUUCCUUGGGAAACAGAAAGCUCCAUUUUCUAUGGGCCUUUUUUUCUGUCUAGAUCAGGCAGGCUCAUGUAAUGCACAGUCUGGGUUUUCUGUUGCUGUCAGUGUUUUUUGGCUAGCUGAACACAAUUUUUUUUAAUAACCUGUCACAGAGGAAAAAAAUCUAAUUGAAAGGGAAGACAGAUGAGCCUUAACGUGUGUUUCUUUCCAGACCCUCUGAACUUGAACACUACUCUGCUUUCCACUGCAGUAUCUUUAGCCUUAGUGACUCAGUACUGGCUACAUCUUGUAGCAGUUUUCUUUACCACUUUCUUACAUGUUAAGAUUUUGAGCUAACCUUACUCAGAUGAGUACUCAGUUUGAGUGACAUAACUGGGACAUCUUGGAUGUCUCAUGGAAAUGACUUCUACAUACAACGAAGACAGCAAGUUUGGGAGUUGAAAACGUCAGUUUUUCAUCUGUUGAGCAGUUUCCAAAACACUUCAGAAAUGGCUUUCUAAGCAUUUUUCAGGAAAGCAUAUUUGCUUGUCUGAGGAUGAAAGAAAUUCCUGUAUGGGACAGUGACCUUCACUGUGCCUCUGACAGCUCGAAAACUUCUGUUCCUGGUGUGUGUGCAGAUUGUAUUCUCCAGCUUGCUGUCAAUUCCGUUAUACCUAGAAGUUGGUUGGUGCCUUUUUACUGUGCUAACAGAAAUGUGCCUACAGGUCCUGUAAGAUAAUGAAACUGUGGAAGCAGAAACAUGUUUGUAUGUCUUGAAUCACAGGAUCAUGUGAGUCUGGGUGGUAAGAAAAGUAGACAGGUCAGUAGGAAGAGAGACCAUGUUUUAAUCACAAAACAGCCAGGCCUGUUUUGUUUCUUUUCCUGACUAUAGCUGUAUUUCUUGUGGUGAUUGAUUGACACCUUGUGACGUUUGCUCAAACACACUCACGUUCCCUAGGGACUGCAGGUCCCAUUGCAAGAGAAGGGUAAGUCUUGGUAUAACCUGUUCUUAAGAAUAUGUGCAUUUGGAGCUGGAGAGCCUCUACUUUUAUUCUUGCAUCCUCGAAGAUGAUGCAGCCAUGAGGGAUCUGCAGGGAGCUCAUUCAAGUACUCAUGGAAAAAUAACAUUAUUCUAAUGAUUGUAAUCAUUACUUGUUCUAAUUAAACAACUUGAAUGUGAAGACUUUGUAUCCUGCCUUCAGAUUAAGAUUCCUUGUAAGUGACAGUUAUGUAUUUAGUGGAUCCACAGCAGUUACUCUUAUGUUUGUAUCUUACUUUUUCUUCUGCUAUACUCUAGAGGGAAAUUCUCACCUUGCAAUUUGAUUGUGAAUUAAAAAAAUUUGCUAAUA